CAUUAUCGUCUCGGUGCUGAAUGUGUCGUGCAGCGGUGAUGUGCUGCUGAGGUGACCGGGCAGGAGGCGGUCAGAGGCGGGUCUCUGCCCCCCGACACUCCCCUCAGUCCGCGAAGGAUCCACGGACACGGAGAGGACCGAGGCUCCGCAAAGAGCUCCUUUCUUUACUCAUGUGGUUCUUCUGUGGAUCUGUUGGAGACGUUUGCAUGGCAGGAGGGUCACUCAUGACAUCUUUAGAGAGCAAGAAUGAAAAUACGAUGUGGCCAUCACAUCCAUAGGUCGAGACAGAGGUGCUUCCUGUUCUUUCUGUCUCUGCUCACAGUCUGCCUGCUCAAACUCGUCUACAUCAAGGUCACAGUGAGGGACAGCGUCUUCAUCGAGCCGUACGGGAUCACCAGCACUUUAUCCAGAAACCACCUGCACAGGUACGACAUUAACUGCACGGCGGUGUACGAGCUGGACCCGGUGGAGAUCGGCAAGGCUCUGCAGAUCAAACGUAAAGCGAUCAUAGAGCUAGACGACGAGAGCACCGUGAGUCUGACUGCUGACUGUCAGACAUUUAUCAGAGCCAGAGGUUACCAUGACGUCCCCGUGUCUGAGGCAGAGCGGAGCUUCCCGUUGGCUUACUCUCUGGUGGUUCAUAAAAACGCCCCCAUGGUGGAACGGAUCCUUCACGCCAUCUACGCCCCUCACAACAUCUACUGCAUCCACUACGACCAAAAGUCGUCCCCGGCAUUUGUGAAGGCCAUGAAAAACCUUGCUCACUGCACGCCGAACGUCUUUGUCGCCUCUAAACUGGAGUCUGUAGAAUACGCUCACAUUAGUAGACUCAACGCUGACCUGAACUGCCUGGCUGACCUGCUGAGGUCAGAGGUCAAGUGGAGGUAUGUCAUCAACCUUUGCGGUCAGGACUUCCCGCUGAAGUCCAACUACGAGCUGGUGACGGAGCUGAAGCGGCUCAACGGUAGCAACAUGCUGGAGUCGAGUCGGCCCAGCGAGCUGAAGAAGCAACGCUUCAGCUUCAAACACGAGCUGAGGAACGUGCCGUACGAGUACAGACGCAUCCCCAUCAAAACCACCGCCGCCAAACAGACGCCGCCCCACGGGAUCGAGGUGUUUAUCGGGAGUGCGUACUUUGUCCUGUCGAGGGAAUUCGUGGAUCACAUCAGCAGCAGCGCGGUGGUGAAGGACUUCCUGUCGUGGUCUGCUGACACGUACUCACCGGAUGAACACUUCUGGGCCACACUGGUCAGGAUACCCGGCGUGCCCGGACACGUCCCCAGGUCAGAGGCAGACAUCACGGACCUGAGGAGUAAAACAAGGCUGGUCAAGUGGAACUACUUAGAGGGAAAUCUUUACCCAGCAUGCACCGGGACACACAUGAGGAGUGUGUGUAUCUAUGGAGCAGCGGAGCUCCGCUGGCUGUUAAACUUUGGACACUGGUUCGCCAACAAGUUUGACCCCAAAGUGGACCCGAUCCUGAUCAAAUGUUUGGAGGAGAAGCUGAUGGAGAAGCGGCGGAGUGUGACAACGUGAAACCAAAACAACGAGAUGAGGGACAUUUUAAAAUAUUUAUUUUAGUCGGAUAAAAGAGCAGAAAUGACAGGGUAUGGUCGACCUGCAGUCGAGCUGUGCUGGGUGUGGUUUAACUCUGCGUGGAGAGUGUCAGUGUCACGCUGAUGGCGCUCAGUUCUGUCCACAUUAAGAGGAUGAAUGAAGACAAGAUGGGAAACCUUCUUCACUCUGAAAAUGUGAUACAAGUUCCCUCCCUCCUUAAAUGGAAAGAGGCGGGAAAACUCACUAAAACAAGCAGGUCUUAGGUCUUUGUCAGGGUCUGGACCAUCUCCACACAUGUGGAUGAAGCGUGGAGCUGCUUAUUAAUUCUUGUUAACACUGAUGCUGGACUUUUCUUUCCUUCAAAUGUUUUCCAACAGUGUGGUGUUAUAGUCACUGUAUUUUCUGGUAGAUCCAUUUCCUGAUUGAAACCAGAUAAAAUCCGGUAAAACAAGCCAUUAUUCUGUUUUUCCAUUUUGAAUAAAAAAAGAAAAAAAAGAAUAAAAAAAUUGUACCCCAUUUUAAAAAUGUUAUAUGUUUUUCCAUUUUUGGGACAACAUAUAACAUUUUUAAAAUGGGGUACAAAUUUCAUUAUUUUGUUUUCCUCAUUUAAUGAAAUACUUCAGGAAAAGGAUAU